AGAAACGAAAUCGUCGACCUUCAAAAUUCUCGAGAAGUCUGUGAAGAGCCCAACGACACAGCUUGGACAGGAGACCAAUAAAGAGACAGUAUCAGACCCAGAAGGACUUAAAAUAGACGCAACUGCUGGAGAAGAAUCCGUGCUAAACUCAGACGUUCAAAUGGACAAACCUGUUUCGGUCUUCCAACAACCAAUCACAGACCCUGAAUCGUCAUCCAGCCUCUCGGUACAAAGUUCAACGCUGAAAGCAACCACACGGCCAUCGUCUGCAGAUUCUCAAGUUCUAACGACAAAAAACAUUAUCAGCGAAAAGGCCACGUCUGCUACACUCGUAGAAACGAACACAGACAACGUUCUUGCACAAAAUUUGCCCAACAGCGAGUUUGCUGACACUUCCACGAACAAAUCCUCCAAUCUUUUGCAAGGGGAUGAAUUAAUUACAAUGAAUGACGUCACUUCCUCAAGCGACUCUCCUCUCAACAGUACAAACACCGGAACCGGAAGUAAUGGAUCUUCCAUUAAUUAUUUUGACCCCACCACAGAGAAAGCGUCGCACAGUAGUAGCGAUCCUACCACAACGUCAUCACAGCAAGUCAAUAAUUCAGACAAGGAUGAGAGUGGAGAAAUUCGUUCAGAAGAACAAGAAGUCGUGAAAAAAGUAAACUCUCCAUUAGACACCAUCGACACAGACGGGCAUAGCAAAGGAGACGCGUUAUCUUUGCACGUUAUCUAUUUCGAUGACGUCACAGAAGACGAUCUGUCAGACUCAGACCCACAGGCUCAGUCUGAUGACGUCAGUAAUAGCACGUCUGUAAACAACAGCACGACUGA